AUAUGAAGAUCAGAAGAAUCAAGAAUUCAAAUCAUUUGCAUAUAAAAUAAUGAAAACACCUGAUCAAAAAAGUUGUGAAACUGCUGAAUCAAGUAAUACCAAAUAUUCUCCGAAUCUUGUGAUUGAUGGAGCUGCUGUGAGCAAUGAGGAUGUUGCCGGAAAAGUAGCGGAUCUUGAAUACGCACAUUCGUUUCCAGAUCUGGUUCUCAAUGUUGAGAAGCAUGAUGAUGAAUACAUCAAAUCAUUCUUGCUACAACGUAACUGGUAUCAUGGAAUGAUGUUCGGAAAGGCUGCCGAGAAGCUACUCAAAUGGGAGAGCUCUUACAUUGUCCGUAGAUCAAUGGGUCCAACACACAAAUUUCUGUGUAUAACGGCACGAGUUGAAGACAAAUAUUUCCAUUUUCAAUUCAACUGGAACUCGGAAGGAUGGAGUUGCCCGAUUCUUUAUGAAAAGUUUCCAAGGAUUCCUGUGAAGCGAUACGAACACAUAUAUCAACUUCUCGAUGCCUGGUCGCUGGUAGUCAAUCAGCUUGUACCAAUCAGUCGAUGUUCGAUGAUCCUCCAACACAGUUCAAUCGCUUUGGAAAAUCAGCUGGGAAGAGGAGCUUUUGGUGAAGUAAUCAAAGCAAAAUAUGUGCCAAUGGGAGCAACUGUCCCGACUGAAGUAGCCGUCAAACGACUCAUCGGAGAUGCCAAAAGGCCCCAACUCGUGGACUUUUGCAACGAAGCAAACAUCAUGACUUUGCUGGAACACAAGAACAUCGUAGCUCUGUAUGGAUUCGCGUCUCUCCAGCAGCCGAUCAUGUUAGUCAUUGAGUUUGUACCGGGAGGAGAUUUGAGAAAAUACCUUCAACGUACUCCAAACGUACCCAGUAAACAAAUCAUCAAAUUCGCAAUGGAGAUUGCCAGUGGAAUGAAGCAUCUGUCCUCCAAAAAUGUCAUCCAUCGGGACUUGGCCGCAAGGAACUGCCUGAUCACUAAAGAACUGAACGUCAAAAUUUCUGAUUUUGGCUUAUCAGUGAAUGAAAGUGAGACGAAAAUGAAAAGUUUGAAAAAGGCCCCAAUCAGAUGGCUCUCUCCGGAGACAUUCUCCAAAGGAUUAUUCAAUGAGAAAACGGACGUCUGGUCGUAUGGAGUACUGCUCACGGAACUUAUGACGAGAUGUGCACAUGAUCCGUUGUGGCCGAAGAAUCUGAAGCAGGUGCAAAAAUGGAUCAAAGAGUCGGAGCACCCACAUAAGAUUGAAGACGGAGAUCCAAGUGAGUUGAAAGAGAUUGUGGAUGCUUGUUGUGCAAAAAUUCCAUCGGUCCGCAUCAACUUCAGAGAAGUCAAAAACCGUCUUGCGAUGCUUCAACAGAAAAAGAAGACCCUGGAGCUUGAUGCUCAAAAACCAAUGAGCCCUAAUCCAGCUAUUGAGAAGAAAAAAUCGGAAGAUCGUCGAAAUAAUAUGGAUCGUAGAAACAAGACGAAUCGGAAGAGCCAUACUUCGACUGAUCGUACAAACUCCAAUAAUACUCUUACUCGGAAGAAAUCAAGAGAUGCUGGGAAGAACGAUCGAUCCAAUGAACGGAAGAACAAGGCGAAGGGUGGUAACUUGAGUGUUGAUGGAACGAAUAAGUCGUCACGUCGGAAGGAACAGAAAGGGGCAGUUGGAAUAAGUCAGGAAAUGGUUACUAAGUGAACUCAUGUAAUCAACAAAAUAGUCGCGUGUAACCAAUGAAUGAUGAGA